AUGUAUGUGAAAUGGUUUGAUACAGUAAUGUUAUACUUUGUGAUUUUAGUGACUGUCACUUUUUGUCAUUUUCAAAUUUCCCACCGUUCCGUCCCCCGUGCGUCCCGACGCUCGCAGGGGACGGAACCCAGAUGACAGAUGCCAGCCUCCGCCGGUUUACAUUGCCGGGGACACUGCAGGGGGGUUAUCGCGGGAGCGCAGGACAAGGUAAGUGAUCGAGGAGCAGCGCCGCAUGGUAAGCCUGAGUGUAGCUCGGGGUUACCGCUUGUGCUACACUCGGGAAUACCGCCAGGGAGGUUAAGC